AUGGAGCAGGAAAAAGAAGAAGUAGAGAGAACUUUUAUUUUGCCAGAUGAUAUGCUUUUGAAAAUUUUCGAGAACAUGGAAGAUCAAGAUGAUAAGUAAGUUUGAAUAGUGUUCUGAAAUCCCCCCAUUUGAAUUCAGAAACAAUUUUCGAGCUCUCUGCGACCAAAGCCGUCGAAUUUGGAAAUAUCCGAAAUGUUGGAACGAUUCGAUCACUUGGGAUUAUGAUUUUCCGAAAAUCAAGAUUAUUUUGGGCAAUUUGUAUUUUGCCGAAUUUGAUAAUGAGCACGACAACACAUUUAAAAUGUGAGUUUGAGGGAAUAUUCAUUAUAAUGUUGUUGUUUCAAUGUUUACAAAUUUCUAGCGGACAAAUUGGCAGUCAAGAAAUAGAGUGUCUAGAAAUCCCAAGAAGUAGAACAUACUUUGAACAUGCUCGAAAUAUGUUUCAAGCAAGACUGGAAAGAAAUCAAAUGGUGGUCAAAUCUUUGACAAUUAAAGGGACAUGUCCAAUCAAUUUGCGAGGAGUUGAACACUUUCCACAACUUCGCAAUGUUGUUCUAAGCGGAAGAGACAAUUUGGAAAAUUGUCAUGAGAUUUUAUUGAAGACUGGCGAUUCUUUGAAAUCCUUAACAAUUCGAGAUGUGCAUAUCAGCCAGCAUAGAAUGUAUGCGCAAAUCGCGAAAAUCUACGAAGUUUCUGAAUUUGUGGCGAUUGAUUUCGGUUUGAGAGAAUCGCAGUUGAGGAGAUUAUCGGCGAGACGAAUCGAGAUGCGCAUUGGAAAUUUGCGACCACAAUCGAUUUUCAGAUUUAUUCAAACUUGGAUGAAUGGAAAUCGGAUUUUGGAGAAAUGUGUUUGGAAUUUGAAAGGCUCGCAUUUCCAUAACUUGGCUGACACAUUUUUCCGAUGUUUCGGAUCUAAAAUGCAAUAUUCUGCUGAUUUGUAAGUUUUUUCUUCUGCUGAUUUGUAAUUAAUUUUAAAUUACAAAAAACAACAAUUUUUGCAGUCAUCAACUUUAUAUCCGUGGAAAUGGCAAAAUCACCUAUCGUAAAGAUGAUUUUUUGCAAUUCGAAGUUGUGGAAAUCGAAGAAUUGGACUAG